AUGGCCAACCCCACAGUAAACGAGCUCCCAUACGACAAGGACGACAAGCGCGAGGUCGAAGUCUCUAGCCUCGAAGUCAAGCCACCUGUUGGCGAGGUGGUCGAGGCCUCGGGCGACUACUCGGGCUUUACCCAGAAGACCGACCCUCGUGAAAUCAAGCUGGUCCGCAAGCUUGAUAUGUUCAUCAUGCCUUCGCUCUGGGCUAUGUAUUGGCUCAAUUAUCUGGAUCGUAAUGCCAUUGCCCUCGCCAAGCUCUCUUCGAUCGAGAAGGACCUCGGCCUCAGUGACGUUCAGUACCAGACUGCCGUUUCGAUCCUGUUCGCUGGUUACGUCGUCUUCGGUAUUCCCUCCAACAUGAUCCUCACCCGUGUCAACCCUCCUCUUUAUCUCUGCUGCAUCAUGUUCACCUGGGCUAUCCUCUCGAUCUGCACCUCUUUCUGCAAGAACGCCACUCACCUCUACCUCGUCCGCUUCUUCCUCGGAGUCUGCGAGGCCCCCUACUACCCCGGUGCCCUGUUCCUCAUCUCCAACUUCUACACCCGUACCGAGGUCGCGCUGCGCGUGGCUAUCCUUUACACCGGUAACAUUCUCGCCACCGCUCUCGCCGGUCUCAUCAGCAUUGGCAUCUUCAAGCUCGACGGCCACAAGGGGUACGCUGCCUGGCAGUGGCUCUUCAUCAUCCAAGGCUCCGUUACUGGCCUUGUCGCAAUCUGCACGUACCCCUUCCUGCCCUCGAGUCCCCUUACUACUCGCUGGCUCACUCCCGACGAGCGCCAGCUCGCCCAUGACCGUCUCCUCCGCGACAAGAUUGACGAGGUUCAGCCCGGUUCUACCAUGGACGGUCUCAAGCAGGCCGUCAAGGACUACCGCACCUGGGUUUUCGCCUUCAUGUUCAACAACCACCUUGCUGCCAACGGGUUCAAGAACUUCUUCCCGUCGGUCGUCAAGACUCUUGGCUUCAACCAGACCAUCACGCUCGUCCUCACGUGUCCGCCCUACCUUAUUGCUGGUGUUGUGACUUUCUUCCUCUCCUACUCGUCUGGCCGCAUGAACGAGCGUACCUGGCACAUCACCGUGUCCAAGACCGUCGCCAUUAUCGGCUUCGCCCUCGCCCCCGCCACUCUUAACACCGGCGUCCGCUACUUCGCCAUGUGCGUCUUCACCCUCGGCACAUACGGCGUCAACUCUCUCAUCCUCGGCUGGGCCUCGACCGUCCUCUCGCAGACGCAGGAGAAGAAGGCCGUCGUCAUCGCCAUCCUCACCUCGCUCGGUAACCUGUCCUUUGUUUACACGCCGUACCUCUUCCGCAACGGUGACAGGCCGCGGUACUCGCUCGCGAUGGGCUGGAUGGCCGCCUUCUCCCUCCUCACGCUUUUGUCGGCGUGGGCCAUGAAGUUCAUCCUCAAGCGCCAGAACCGCAACAUCAGCGGGACUGGUGCGACUACCAAGUACCCGUACUAG